GUUUUUUUAUGGGAAACAUUAAUGUCUGUUGCAAUUCAAGAGAAGACCAUCCUCCCCAAAAUCAUUAGAAUAAAUAAAAACACUAAUAGGAUACCGAAGAAAGUGAAUAUGAACCAAACACUGAAGCAUAUAGAAAAACUAUUUAAAGUGUUAUUAUUUCAAAACCAUCGCUAACUUUUGGAGAAUAGAUGAUCUAAGAUAUAAUUGAUUUAACUGAUGAAAAUAAAGUUCCACUUACAAGUGAAAAUGGGUGGAAUAAUUUAAUCAAUUAAUAAUUUGUUAAAUUAUUUGCCUUUGAAUGGAAAAAAGCAGAAAAAUCAAUGUUAAAAUUUAUUUUUUAUUUUAGUUAGAGUUAUUGUUUUAAGAGCUGAAUUUCAAUUAAAUUGUAUUAUGUAAUCUUAUAUAAAUAUUGCCUUGGAUGAUAUGAAAUUAAUUGAUAAAAAAAUUGAAGAAUUAAACAUUAUUGAAGAGAAUACAGAGCAUAAUGAAUCAAUUAGGUAUAUUGCUCAUAAGGGUAUUGGCGUUUUGAAAAGUAGAGAUUUUCUAUAUUUGAAAUCUCAGCAAAAAAUAUCUGAAAAAUUAUAUAUAGAAGCAGCAAAAUCAAUUGAAGAUUAAUCUGGAUAUCCUGAGAAAAAAAGAACAAGAGGAUAAAUUAAUUUAGCUGGAUAAAUUGUAGAAUAAAUAAAUCCUUAGGUUCUUUUAAUCAAAUAAUUCUUGGAUGUUGAUAUGAAAACUAAUGUUUAAUUAGUCACUCUUAAAAAUCCUAUUAUAAAAGAAUUCUUAAAAUAUCAUGAAUCAUUAUAAAAUUAUUUUAAUUUGUAAUAAUGA